AUGAAAAUCUCGGUACGGCGGAUCGGGGCGGCCGGCGGUUUUGCGCGCGCCGGCGGGCGAGGGCGGGCGGGCAAUCGAUGCCGGCACGGGAUCGCGCCCCGACGCCCCAACGGCAGACGCACAGACGCCCGGAGACGCCGCGCCGGUGCACACGCGCCCGCCGACGCGCACUGUUUACUUCGCGCCGGAACAGCUGACCGCUGGCCCAUGGAUCUUCUGGAAGACGGAAGAGAAGAUUACGCGUCGCCUUCUGUACGUAUACUGAAUGUAUCC